ACACCAAUUUAAGCCCGACGGCUCGCCAUCCACCCACGCCUUUCGCUUCCUCACCCCAGGACGCCCUUUAGAUCCCCCCACCGGGCGCGCGGGCGGUCCAUGCGGUGGCCGCGGCGCAAACUCUAGCAGUCCACCGACCCGACCGCCCGCCCGCGCAUCGACAUGGCCUCCAGCAAGGCCCCCCGCCCCCGCGCCGAGGCCUCUGCUCCGGCGACGUCGGUGGCCGUGGCGGCGGCGAGGGCCCAGGACGCGCACCCGCUGCGCCGCUCCGCCGCAUUCCCGCCGCGCCGCACGCACCACGCCCACAGCCACAGCCACCCGCCACCGCACGCCCACGCCCACGCGCCGCAGCGCUGCGACAGCGAGCGGAUCGGCGGCAGGGCCAGCAGGCAAACCCGCUGCGGCGAGGUGGCCGGCGGCACGGCCGCCGGCUGCGCCGCAGUGUGCUGCUGCUUCCCGUGCGUCAUGGUCGAGGUCGUCGUGCUCGCCACGGUGCGCGCCCCCGCCGCGCUCUGCCGGCGCGCGGUCAAGGCGAGCCGGCGCCGGCGGUCGGCAUCAGCGGGGCAGGCGUCGGACAUGUACGAGCUCCUCGUGGACGACGGCACCGUGACCGGCCCCCGCGACGCGGCGGUGGUCUGGCCGGCGGUGCAGCCGUCGGACGAGGCCGGGGAGAUGGAGAAGGAGGUGUGGGCGAGCUUCUACGGCGCCGGCUUCUGGAGGAGCCCGUCCCAGCUCGGCGACGAGAUCAGAUGAUCGGAACAGCCGCUGGCGUCUGCGCAGGUUUCUUGAUUCUGGCUCGGGUUUUUCCUUCAUUUUCCUCGGAAGGAAACCGAUCGACGUAGAGGAGGGAAAAGAAAGGAAGCUCGUGUGUCGUCUUUGAUCGAUACCGCAUUCUUGUUCCACCUUUUCUCCGCUCUUUUUUUUUCUCUCUUUUUUUGGGUUUUGGGAGUCCUCUAGAAGGGAAAUACAAUUCUCUUCUUUGUUGCAUUUUAUGCAACUUGUAUAUAUACUGAGUCUGUCGUCGUGUGAUUGAUAAAAAAAAGUCACUUCUAUAA